AUGAAGGAGUUAUCUACAGCAGAGAUAAGACCUUACUACGACCCAGAUAACUUCCAGAGUGAAUAUCCAUAUGUAUUCAAGCACAAUUAUGGAGUUAUCAAUCAAGAAUUGGGGAAACCCAUUUCCAUGACACUUCCCACAACAAUCAAACACAAUAACCAGAAGCCUUACAACAUGAGCAGAAAUAACCUGGGGAUCUCAGCUGUUCCAGUAAAUAAAACCCGAACCGCUAAGAUACAGGAAGAUAUGUUUGAUUAUAACUCGGUGAAAGAACUUUUGACCUCUGUAUUGAAGAAUUUCAUCAAGAAGUAUCUAAGAAACCUAAUAUCACAGCCUUUUGAAGUUGCUAGACUGUUGCUACAAGUUGGAGUUUUUACAAAGCAUGAUGUUUCCAACAAAGAGCACAAGGUGGUGACUACUGAUUUUCAAAGCUCGGAUGAUGAGGAUAUUGAGUACUUGAUUCCCGCUGACACUUCACAAUCUUCCCUUGAAAGCAGCAACAACCUGCAAGGCUCCAUUUCAGUCAAACCUAAAAGUCGUUCCCAUAGAAGAUUCUCCAGUAUCGAGACAGCUCCACCAACGAUUGAGGUUGUUUCUGUUGAUGAGGAAUGUUCCAAGUACAAGUUAAAUCCCUUUUCUCUCAACACGCUUGAUGUGAUAUCUUCCUUGUUUACCCAAGAUGGGGUCAAGGGUAUGUUCAGAGCUCUAAACACAACUUUUAUUUACAAUACGUUAUUUGCUACUAUCGAAGCGUGGAUUUCUGGGUUUAUUUCGCCAUUACUGAGUAUCCCAGACCCAUACUUUGUGGAUGUUAUUCACUCCUCAGACCCCUCAAAGGCUUUGGUCCUGAUACUGGCUGCGAGUGUCGUUACUGCCGUGAUACUUCAACCAAUUGAGUUGAUCAAUGUGAGAUUUAUGGUUACGCCUACUAAUAAGCCUGAGACUAAUAGGUCUUUCAGAUCCCAAAUUAGCCAGUAUUCUCCGAGAGAUUUCCUUUGCCCUUGGAGCUUGCUCCUGCCAACCAUUAACCACAGUUUAGCAUCCAAUGGUUUGAAGAGAUAUAUUCCUUACUUGCUUUUCACUCAAUUCAAUAUGGAUAUUUACAAUUCACCUGUCAUGUAUCCAUUGAUUACUCUUGUGACAAAUUCCAUCGAACUGUUCAUUAGACUUCCCGUGGAAACCUUACUGCGCAGGGCUCAACUGAACUAUCUUCUAAACAAUCCAAAUUGCAACAAGACACUAAGACUGCAACACAAUGAGCUCUCCGUGCCAUUUGGAGGAUACUAUGGAUACUUCAGCACUCUCUACUACGUCUACACUGGAUCCAAACCUUCCUUCGACAAAGUAUCGGUCACCGAACUGAACAACAUUAAUAGAGGUCUGGAAAGCAUCUUUCGUGGUUGGAAAGUCGGUCUUCUUCACGUUCUCAGUAAUUGGAGAUUUCAAAUGUUAAACAACUACACUAACGUUAGUGAAGAACAGUUCUAA